CAGUUCAAAAUAUUUAUUAUUUUAGAUACUGUUUAUAAUAAUUGAUAUUACGAUAUUGUUCAUGGAUUUAAAAUUUAAUAAUGUAAAAUAUUCAUCGUAAAUAUGUCAUAAUGUCGGUUACUUAAAUUUAUCUAACUGUUUGUGUUUACGUUAAGUCAUGUCAUUUAUAUCGAAAAGAGAACGAGUAUUUAACGAGUAUGAUCUUGUUGACUUGCCCGCGAGGAAUGAAGGAAAGUUGAAAGCGUACUCAUCAUGCACAGACGCGAGAGCCUGGUCACAUUUUUGUUCGGACAAAAGUGACCAUUUGGUGGAAAUCAUAAAACGAAACAAUGACACCGGCAGACCAAAGUAUAUACCAACUGACGUCAUUGUCAACACACUUAUGGUCACGAAGAACACAGAAAUUAAUCGUUUGAGACGAAAGAUUGAAGAAUUUGAACAAUUGUUAGCAGCAUACGAUCAGCUUGAACUUACAAAUGAACAAAAGAAUGAGAUAGCAAAUGCUCAUGCAGCUAUAAAAGCUGCCAAUAAACAACUCGAUGAUAUGUGUCUGGAUCUAGAUCUGUCAGGAUUCACGGAGGGUAUUGAUUCUGAAACUUUUGAGACGGGAAAAUCAAGAGGAGAUGAGAUAAUGAGAUUUCCAGACUUUGAGACUAGCUCAUCAAUAGCAACCGAGAGAUCUGUGGACAAAUCAUUUUAUCCGUGUAAAGAAACACAAACACACGUCCAGAGUGGACCUGUUAGCUGUCCGUGCGAUGCAAGCACUGUUGUCCAUGAUCCAAGGAUCGAAGAAAUGACAGAUACUAUAAUCAGAAAAGAUGCUAAAUUGAAUGCGAUGCGAAAUACAAUUGCUGUAAUGGAAAAUGACGUAUGUGAACCUUAUUGUAUAUAUGCUCAUAUUUACACAGCAUUAGAAAAAAUAUUUGGUACUUUAUGUCAAAAUGAAAAAUACAAGCACUAUCUUGAUCUCUUGACAUCGGGAAAAGACACACGAAACAUCGACAUAAAGGGGAAGAUCUUUUAUAAAUUGAAGGUAUUUGAAAAAUUCUGUUGCGCCCUAAUUUCUCCUUGUUCAAAAGACUGCUCGUGUUAUCAUACGGAGAUAAUUUCAAGAGUAGAAACUGCAUUCGCGGUGACUACACAAGAAAACUUCGAAAUAAAUAUCGAUAGUAAAAGAGCACAUCUUGUCGCUGAUAUAAUAGGAAAUGAUGAGAUGAAAGAAAUUUUAUACAAAAGUAAUACGUCCGGAGAAGAACAUGCUUUAGCAAAUGAAACUUUGUUUAUCAACAACAGCUGCACUAUAGAAGUACAAAAUUUGCAUCGAUUAAAGAAUUUACAAGCUUGCUAUGACGAACUCCUCCUGUGUUAUGAUGAAUUGAAAUAUGAAAAAAAUUGUAUGACACAAAAAUGUCUAAAAUAUGAUGAACUUGAAAAAGAAUAUGAAAUAUUGAAGAACAAAUUAAAUUCUUACAAUAUGGUACUUACGGAAAAAGAAUAUUACAGAAAACGUUCAGAAGACCUUGAUGGUCUUAAAGAGAAAUUUAUAGUACUGGCUGAUGAAACAUCUACUUUGGAAACGCAGUUACGUGCUCAAACUGAAAUAAUUGAUUCAAAAUCAUCGUUGUUGGAACAGCUCAGAAGUGAGAAUAUAUCAAUGAAAAAUAAAUUAAGCGAAUCCUCUACUGAUUGGGAAAAAGAAAAGCAUACCUUAAUUUGUAAAUUAAAAGAAAGUGAAUGCAAGAUUAUGUGUCAAGAUCAACAAAUAGAAACUCUGACAAUUGAGAUAAACAAGUUUCUAAGGAACAAUAAAGACAACGCCGAAAGAGAAUGUCAACAUGAGGUAGAAGAAUUUAUACAGCAAAUAAAUUCACUAAAGCAGGAAGUUAAAAAUCUUAAAGAUACUCUUUACUAUAAAGAGGACGAAAAUAACCACCUGAAAAAUGAAUUCCACGAGAAACUUAUGAUGGAUAAUCUAGAAAUAGAAAAAUGGAAAGAAAUAAAUGAAAAGAUGAUUGAACGUAACGAAAAGUUAGAGACAUUAAUAGACGAGUUGCAAGACUGCAUUAAAAAUUUAACCAAUGAAAAUCAAGAGUUACUCAAUGAAAAGAAAGAUUUAAAAGAUGAAUUAGUUAACAAAUGUUUAGAGUCGAAAAGUUUGAUGAUGGAAGCAGACAGUAUAAAACAGGAAAACAGUAACCUUUCUAACCAGUUGCAGGAAAUGAACCAGCUUUUUAAUGACAAAAUUCAAGAACUAGAAAGUGAAAAAAAAGAAGCUCUAAAUUCUUUAAAUCUGGCCAGUAAAGAAAGUAAAUUAUUAUUAGAAACUAUUAGUAAUUAUGGGAGAUUAUCAGUAAAUAGUGAGAAAACUGACGAUAACUUACAGAUUAGUGUAAAAAAAUCAGACGAAAAGGACAUAAGAACGUUAAACAACCAAACCAGUGGAAGUGAUGUCUUGCUAAAUGAAAUCGAUAAAUUUGUCGCACUUAAUACUGAAGGUAUCAAAAAUUUAAUAAGCCAAAGUCAUGAAAGUAUAAAACAUUUAGAAGAAAAAGAUAAUGAGGCAUUAGAAAGUAAACUCAGAGAAAUAGAUGAGUUGAAAGAAAAUUUAAAGGUUUCACAAAACUUGUAUGAAAAUCUUGAAGAAGAAAAAAGUAUUUUGUUAAAUAAAUUGAAGGAAAAGUCAAUUGAACUCGACAAAGCGGAUAUUCAAAUUCAAGUACUUAAAGAACAAAAAGAGUAUUUUACAACUGUUUUGGAAGAAAACAAAAAAAUUAAAGAUGAGCUGGCAAUGAUAAAACACCGAAACGAUGUAAUGUUUGAAGAAAAUAAUAAUUUAAAGAAUGAUUUAUUACUUAAAAAUCAUGAAAUUCAGAAUCAGUUGAACAUAUUAGCUAAGUUGAAAAUAGAAAAGAAACUUUUCAUUUCACUUUCGGAGAGAGUUAGAACGUUGGAACAGAACUAUUUUAACUUAUGUAGAGAAUAUGAUAAUUUACUUCUCGAAAAGGAUAAUAUUGAAGAUCAAAUAUCUAGAAAAACACGUGAAAUUAAUAAUUUACAAAGUGACAUAAAGUCAAAAAAAGAUGAAAACGUAAAAUUGGUUACAGAAAUCCAAGCACUACAAGAACAACAACAAUUAUUACAAAAUGAAAUAGAUUCAUUGCAAUCGGAAAACUUUAACAUAAAGAGAUCUCUGGACGCGACAAUAGAGGAAAAUAAUAUGCUCACAAAUAAAAUAAAAUUAAAAGCAGCUUUAGAAAAUGACCACGAUGAGUUAAAAACUUCUUACGAUGAAAUUAAAAAAGAAAACGAAAAUCUUGAGCUUGAAUUACAAUCUAAAGCAAUUCUUUUGCAAAAUCUAGAGAUAAGAAAUCAAGAGUUGCAAGAAGCAACUAAGAAUCUAAUGGCAUAUAAUGAGAACAUAGAAGAUACUUUAAUAAAAGCAAGAAAAGAGCUUCAACUACAGGCAAAAUCAUCUAGCUCUUUACAAGUGGUUGAUAUAAAAAAUGAAGUCGAGAAAAUUAAAGAAGAGAAUUAUUCUAAUCUGAACCGAAUCCAAGAACUUUUGAACGAAUUGAAAGAAUCGGAUCAAACUAUAGCUAAUCUUGGUAAAGGAAUUGCUGAUCGUGAUGAUAAAAUAGCUAUUUUAGAGAAUCAAGUUAAUGAAUUAGGAGAUGAAGUCCAAAGAUUACAAACAAGCCUAGCAACCAUGUUAGAUAUAGGCGAGAAUAGAGAUGUCAGGAAACACGAAAUAGAUCAAUCACUGAAGAUAAUGGAAGCACACCAUUCUAAAGCAACACAUAAUAUGAGAAUUGAAUUGGCAAAGUUAAAGGAUGAAAAUCUACAAUUAGAAGAAAAACUCUCAACGACUAUGAUAGAAGUUGAAACAUCUGCUAAAGAAAAUGAAAGUCGGUUAAGUGGCGAAAGAGAAAUUAUUGCCACGGAUAUAAAGCAACUUGAAAUUAAAUGUGUUGGUGAUAGCGCUUUGUCACCAGAUAAUUGUAGCCUCAAAAGUAUAAUGACGUCAUUGGAAAGAAUUGACAAUUACAUUGAAACAAGAAAUAAUUCAUGUAAUUUAGUGUUAAGCAAAGCUGAUGAGGCAAAAAAAAUUGUUGAAAAAGAAAAGCAAAAAAUAUCCAAAGAAAAGGAGCAAGCAAUAAAAGAGAAACUAGACGCACAGAAAGAAUUAAGCGUUAUUAAGAAAACCUUAGAAAAUCAAUUAUCUAAAGACAAAAGUGUAAUUAAUGACUUAGAAGCUGAAUUAUUUAAUCAAAAGCUUUUGAUCGAUAAACUUAAACAAUCUGUAAGAAUUUAUAUCUUAAAAUUGGAAGAGGAAAUUUGUUCUAUGCAAGACAUGUAUAGUAAAGCAUUAGAUAAAAUAAAUGAAUUAGAAGCGCAAAUAGAAGAUGCUAAUAAUGACAAAAAAGAAAAUGAAGAAACAAUUAAUAAAGUUAAAUUGGAGCUUCAAGAAAAAAGUCAAGAUAUUAAAUAUCUCAAAUCUAUGUUAGAUGUUUUAAAAAAUAAACAAGUAAUCGAUUUUUCUGCACAAACUGUAUUAGAAAAUAAUUUAACGAACAUAUCAACACAAACUGAAAAACUAGACUUGAAUGAGAUUGAUAGUAGUUAUUUACACGAGACUAAUAUGAAUAAUAAAAUUAUUGGAGGCUUCGAAGAAGGAAGAGUCCUGAAUAAGCAAUCCGAUGGUUGUAUCGUACCAAAAUCAGAUAAAGAGGAAAGUCACUUGUUAAUUAAUAUACAACAUGAUGUCAAGGAAGUCCAAAUUUUAACAGCAAAUGUAGAGCCAACUUUAGGAUUUGUAAAAAAUGCGUAUGUAAACUAUAAAAUGAAGAAGCUUAGUUUUACAGCAAUGGAACAAUACUCGGUUUCAUGUAUUAGCAAUGAUACAUUUGAUUCUGUGAGUAAGCAAUCAUGUCAAGGAAAUGAAAUGAGUUCAAGUCCGAUUAAUAAUGCGACAAAAUUAGAAAUAGCUUCCAAAGUAUCGACGUAUAAAAUUGUCGAUGAUGAUAUUACUUCAUUCAGUUUAAUAUCAAACAUGGAAAGUGAUAAAAUUGGAAUUGGUGCACCAAAUGUUGCAAAGGUGAAAGAAAUUAGUACUGAUAAUAUUUUAACUAUUACUAGCGAAAGUAAUGAAAUGAAUCUAUCUUUAACUCAUUCAAAUGUUGUUACUAAUAAGGAUUUCAUUAUUAUUUAUCGAGACUCCGAUUGUGACGAAAGUAAAAUCAAUACAGAAAUUCUGAAAGAAAAAACGAGAUUAAAUGAACCAAUAUAUAAGACAGUUAGCAGAGAAAUACUUCUACCACAAAACGAUUAUUAUUCUGCAAAAAUAAUAUCUGAUACAAAAUCAUUUGAAGAGAAUAAAUAUAAUACUGAGAAUGUGAAACCUUUGAGUGAUGAAGAUAAAGGUAAUUUGCUAGCCUCAAAACCUGUUUAUUCGCACAUCUCCUUAAGCGAAACAACUUUUAUAAAAGAUCUGGCUAUUGUAAAAAAGGUUAGUAAAGCAGAGCAGAGAAAUGGAAUAAAUGGCAGUAAAGGAACUGAUAGUCGCCUCUCGCGGUCAUUUACUUCUCUAAAGUCACAUAGGGAAAAUUGUGAUCCUGUAGAAGUGAAAGAAAACCAUAAGGAAGAAAUAAUAUUUAACAGUGUGCCCAAAACUAAGAUCGACUUGUACUUGUAUGAACAGAAUAUAUUAGAUCACAAUAGUUAUUUAUAUAACGGAAACAAUAAAAUAAAUGAUUCAGUGAAUACUACUUCGCAAUUAGAUUUAACAAAAGGGGAAACCGCAUUUGGAAAAAGUAUUGAGUACACUACGAAUACAUUAAAUAAAAUUGGAAUUGAAAACAAAAGAGACGACAAUAAUGGACACCUUGAACUUACGAAUACUGAAAUAUUCAAUGAAUUUCUAAGAAGGACAUACAGCAAUGAACAACUUAGGAAGCCGCAUGCUUUUACAAAUAGCCCAGUCAUUGCAAAACAUUCAAACUUAUUGAUUGGUAUACCAAAAGAAAUGAAUGUUAAAUAUGGUAAAAAUGUCACUAAUAUCGACAACGUAAAGACUAAAGAUGUCGCAGUCAUGGUCCAAUUCGACAACCAUCAAGAAAAGAUCAAAUUUCUUACAAGUACUUUAGAAAAUAUAGACAGGAGUUACAAAGAAAAGAUUCGAGCAAUCAAAGCACAAUAUGACAAUAAUAUUAAAAAUAUUAUGAAUGAACAUAACCAAGGUGUCCAAAGUUUACAAAGUCUUCACGAGGAAACAUUACAAGAUAUUUUAAAGGUACACGAAAAUGAAACUGAUAAUUUAAGAAGUAUGAGCAUUGAUGCAAUGCGAAAAGUUGAUAAACUUGAGAAAGAAAACAAAAUGUUAAGAGCAAAAAUUAUUUUAAAUAACCCUUCAAAUGCAAAUAAGGACAUGGCAAACGUUUCUUCCCAUGAUAUAAACAAACAGAAUGUAAAGAAGAAUUCAAAUUACGAAAUAAAAACAUUAACAAAAACCGAUGUUGAAGAAUUCAACUACAAUCCAAAAGCAAAGGUACACGGCCCGUGUACUUGUUCCCUUGAUAUCAACAUUUCUGAUACGAUUCGCAAUAUAUUUGAGCAAGUGGAUGUUGAACAAAGAAAAAUUGCAGAACAAGCAUAUUUGAAAUACAUAGCAAACAAAUUAUUGACGGAAAAUAUUGAGGCAUUGGAUGCUCAAGAGCUCUCUUUUCUGCAUUUUAAAAUAUGUAGAACUUGGAAAUCAAUACUCCGUAAAGAAGAAGUACUCAGUAAAAGAAUAGACUGUUUAGAAACCGAAGUUAUUAACAAACAACGACAAAGGAAUAAACACAUCGCUGAGAUAGAUCGCAAAGUGGCGGAGGAGAGGCGGCGUUUACAAGAAGUCCGUGAGGCAGUGUGCCGGGACUCGUUUGAGGUUCCGAGCAGUCCUUCACAACCGACAAAAAGUCAAGACCCCAGUACGCUGUCGUAUGAAAGUAACGCUACGCGUUCACCCGUCAAUUCUUAUAAUGUAAGCAUUGACGAAAGACUUCCGGCUGGUGAUCUCGCGCCGGGACUGCCUUGCUCUGAACUAAGAUAUCGAAGUACAAACCGGGAAUCACAAAAGACAAUCUCAGGUAAAGGCGAGGAGCGUCGAGAAAAGAAAUUAUAUUGCGAUGAAAAGCCAACGCGUUUGCGACGUACGACAGAUCGAUCGAAUCCGCGAGCACACAAAAAAUAAUAAAUCUUUUUAUAAAAAUCUGCUUAACAACUACUAAUUUUGAUUAAACUGAAUAUUCGUUUAGAGGACAAUGUAAAAAAAAGAAAUUACUAGUAUUUAAAAUUAAAAAGAAAUUAACAAUCCUUGGAAGGUAACAACCCUAAAAUGUUUCUAAAUAUGAAAAAUUUUAAUAAUGUCUUUCGAAUGUUUUGUUUGUCUUUUAUAUUAAUUUAUAUUUAUUGUA